AUGAUCUACACAAUCCACGGUGGACCUCACCUCGCAGGUACAUCGAACAGGUCGCAUGAAAGGUAUGUACGCGAAGCUAAUCACGUCUUGAUAGCAGGAUCUGUUGAGCAUAUGGGACCGCCUAAGCGAGCUAGGGUGGCAAUGAAAGAAAUCACCUUCUUCGAAGAUGAUGCUAGGGACAUACACUGGCCGCACAAUGACUCCCUUGUCAUUCGUGCCCACAUCGGCAACAUGGAGGUACGAAGAAUAAUGGUGGACACUGGCAGCUCGGUAAAUGUGAUGUAUAGGGCCUGUUUCGACCAGAUGGGACUAGGGCCCAAGCAAUUGAGCCCGUCCCCAGAGCCGCUUUACGGAUUCACGGGAGACGCAGUUGUUCCCAUAGGGCGGGUUAAACUCCCAUUCACUGUUGGGAGCCCAGGUCGCGAAGCAACGGCGAUGGCAGAAUUCCUCAUUAUUGACUGCCCCUCAGCGUACAAUGUCGUACUCAGGCGGCCAGUGAUGAACGAGCUGGACAUGGUCGCCUCAACUAGGGCUCUGACCGUCAAGUUCCCGACCAACAAUGGAAUAGGAUGCGUGCGAGGAGAACAACACCUCGCGAGACGCUGCUAUGAGGACGCGGUCAAAAUGGGGGCCAAAGGAAAGAAAGUGAACCUGGUCGCAGGCGGAACUCAGCGACCUUUAGGUCAGAGCGGGGUAAACUAUGACCUGGAUCCCCGAGAAGUGGAUUGUGAUAAGGCCUCCGACCCGGUGGAAGAACUUGAAGAGGUCCCGGCCAGCGAAGUAGAUGCUGAAAGGUGUCUGAAGCUCGGAAAGAAUCUGGCCCCUGAGGUAAAGUGUCAAUUGGUUGAAUUCCUUAAAGCUAACCUGGAUGUGUUUGCAUGGAACCAUGAAGAUAUGGUAGGCAUAGCCCUGGAGGUCAUGUCGCACAGGCUCAACGUGGACCCCAGCUACAGACCAGUGCGGCAGAAGAGGAGGCCAAUGACUCCAGAGCGUUUUGCCGCCCUUAAGGAGGAGGUGGAUAAGCUCCUGGACAGUAGAUUCAUCAGAGAAGCCCAGUACCCAGUCUGGGUAGCCAAUCUAGUCCUGGUGAAGAAAAAGAACGGAAAAUGGAGGACCUGCAUCGACUUCACCGACCUGAAUAAGAUCCCCAUGAAUCCUAGCGAAGAGGAGCACACGUCGUUUAUCACCAAUCGUGGGCUGUACUGCUACAAAGUUAUGCCGUUCGGACUGAAGAAUGCUGGGGCCACCUACCAGAGGCUCGUGAAUACGAUGUUCGAAACGCAUAUCGGGAAAACAAUGGAGGUAUAUGUCGACGAUAUGUUGGUUAAAUCUGAGAAGGUCGCAGAUCAUGUUUGCGAUUUAGGAGAAAUGUUCGAGAUCCUCAAGAGCUACCACAUGAAACUAAAUCCACUGAAGUGCGCUUUUGGAGUGGCUUCUGGGAAAUUCUUGGGAUUCAUGGUUAACAACAGAGGCAUCGAGGCCAACCCAGAAAAAAUAAAGGCUUUGCUGGAUAUGAGAUCUCCCACAAAGAUGAAGGAGGUGCAGAGCCUUACCGGUCAGGUCGCUGCCCUAAACCGGUUUAUCUCCAAGGCGACUGACAAGUGUAUUCCUUUCUUCAAUACGUUAAGGAAGGCACAAGGCUUCAAUUGGAGUGAAGAAUGCAAGCUCGCCUUCCAACAGUUGAAGGCGUACAUGGGGCAAGCGCCGUUACUUUCAAAACCUAAGGAUGGGAAAAAAUUGGUUGUCUACCUAGGAGUGUCAAAGCACGCCCUUAGCGCAGCAUUGGUUCGGGAGGAAGAAGGGAUGCAAUACCCCGUCUUCUACAUCAGCAAGAGGUUGGUGGACGCGAAAACAAGGUUCACACCGAUGGAGAAGCUUGCUUACUGCCUAGUCGCAGCAUCGAGGAAGCUGCGUCCCUAUUUCCAGGCCCAUCAAAUCGAUGUUCUGACCAAGUACCCCUUGAAGCAGAUUUUGCAGAAACCAGACACUUUAGGUCGCCUGCUGAAAUGGGCGAUCGAGCUCACUCAGUUCAACUUGGAAUACAAACCAAGGACGGCUAUCAAAGGACAAGCACUCGCGGAUUUCAUUGCUGAAUUCACUGGACCAGCCCAAGUGGGAGAAGAAGCCUCGGAAGGACCAUCCUGGGAGCUAUAUGUUGACGGAUCGUCAAACGAUCAAGGAGCUGGGGCUGGAGUUAUGUUAAUCAGCCCGGAGGGCCACAGGAUCCUCUGUGCCCUAUGGUUCGGUUUCCCAUCUACCAACAAUGAGGCCGAGUAUGAGGCAUUGUUCACAGGACUACGCCUGGCAAAGGAGGUACGAGUCGAAGCAGUUGUAAUCUUCAGUGACUCCCAACUCGUCGUUAAUCAAAUACGGGGAAAAUAUCAAGCGAAAGGUGCAAAGAUGGCGGCAUACCUGCUCAAAGUGAGAGAGCUUCUGGCCCUUCUCCCAAAAUUUGAGGUACGCCAGAUUCCCCGUUCUCAAAAUUCCCAUGCGGAUGCACUAGCUCAACUGGCAACUACGCGAGAUACAAAGUUCCUGGGGGCUAUACCGAUGGAAUUUAUAGCUGCCCCUAGCACGGAACAAUCGGCUGAGACGAUGGUGAUUGACGAGCCCCAGGGUUCAUGGAUGAGUCCUAUUUUGGAGUAUCUAUGGGGUGGAAAGCUGCCAAUGGACAAACUCGAAGCGCGCAGACUGCGAGCUCGAGCUGUCCACUGCUGUAUCUACGAUGAGGUGUUGUAUAAGCAAGGAUUCACAUCUCCACUGUUAAGGUGUAUCGAGGGCCCUGAUUGUCAAAUCGUGCUGGAGGAAAUACAUGCUGGACAUUGCGGCAACCACGCUGGGGCUCUGUCGCUAGCCCAGAAAGCACUUCGGCAGGGAUUCUAUUGGCCCACGAUGAAACAGGAUGUGAUAGAGCUGGUGAAGAAGUGUGAAAAGUGCCAACAGUUUGCUAAAAUCCCGCGAGCCCCUCCGGUCUACCUCCAAUAUAUGAGCAGCCCGUGGCCAUUUGCUUUCUAG